CUUCGUCUGGCAUCUGCUACUCUGCUCCCGUUUCCCUUCGGCUUUCCUAACCCACAAAGCCCCAAACCAAACCUAACAUCAGAGAUCAGAGGUGAAGAAUUGAAGGAUUUUAGCUUUUGAUUUCGACUGAAGCCUCAUUAUUCUAUCAAUUUAAUGGCUCGACGUCGCCGGCGACUCAAAACCCUACCGGAUGCAAGUAGGGAUUUAAUAAGUGAGCUGCCGGUAGAGGUAAAGGAACGGAUUUUGGAGUGUUUGCCCACCCGAGACGCCGCCAGAACUGCUCUGCUCUCAAGGCACUGGAAUGAUGUUUGGUUGCAGCAUGAGCAGCUUACGUUCGAUUGCGAAUUCGUGGAAAAUUUCGGACAGGGCCUAGAUGAUGACCGUAGAACCCUCGUCAACAUAAUCAACAAUAUCCUCUUUGCCCGUGCUGGGCCUGUUAAGAAAUUUACUCUAGAGAUAUACGUUGGAAAUGAUCCUUUGCCGUCGCCGCAGCAAUCUGAUAUUGAUAUGUGGUGUGUUUUUCUGUCAAGAAAUGGUGUGGAGGAACUUAACUUAUCUUUAUAUAGUGAUCUAGGGCCAAAUUUUCAGCUGCCAUUUUGUUUACUCUCUUGCAGGACAAUUAAGAAACUGAUAGUGGAAGGUCCCUAUAUUAAUUUGCCUGUAAAUGCUUGUGGUAUAUUUUCCAAUGUCACUUCAUUAGCAUUCUUGAAUAUUGGAUUUAAGCGCAGUGUUGAUGGAAUUGCCUCUAGUAUUAGUAUUCCUAACCUUGAGAAGCUGGCUCUCGAGGAUUGUGGAGGGAUCAAUAAGUUUGUGAUAAGCCCUCCAAAACUUGAAAUCUUGUCUGUUAUUGGUUCUAUUUAUGAUUACGUUGAUUCGAGAUGGUUGGUACCUUAUUUGAAAGCCAUUAAGACUCUUUGGUUGUGUGGCUCUUCGUUGGAGUGUAUGCGUGUAUCUAUGUUUCCAACUGCAAUAAAUCUGCGAGUGCUGAAUCUACAUGACUUACAUUUUGAUUAUCGGGAGCAGCUCAUUGUUUUUAUGUGAUUGCUUCAAAAAUGCCCCAACCUAUGUGAACUGCAGAUUAUGGCGUCCGGUUCGGAGGAUGACAACGAACUAAACGAUGCUGCUUCAAGGCUUUUGGAGGAUCGAAUCGGUUGCUUAUUUAUUCAAGAGCUGCAUAUGCUUAACACAAUUAAGAUUGAAGCAUUCAGUCAUAAAUCUGCACUUGAAAUGCUUUUUAUGAAAGCGCUGCUCUCAAAAUCCCCUGCGCUACAGAGAGUUGUUAUUGUGAAGUCUUGGUUUAUGAAUGCCUCCGAGGUGAGAAAAAUCCAAAGGAAGUUGGAACGCUUCCCUCGUGCAUCUCCAAACGCACAAAUUGUCUACACAUGCAAUGACAAUGCGCGUAUGAGUGAGGACUGGAUGGAUACCCAUGGUGUUAGGCUUUUAGACUGAGGUAUUUGUAAUCAGGAGUGCUGUGGGCAAUUAAGAAUGUUCCUAUAUUUACUUUUGUUAAUAACUGUCAACAAUUUCUUCUGAUCUUUUUGUGAUGCAUGAGGAAAAAAUUAAAGCUCCCACAUAACAUUAAUCAGACCCUUGAAGACAAAAUCCUGAAAUAGACUUCCUGGUUUAGGAAGAACAGGUUGUCCAAUUGGAGUCAGCAAAGGCUUGCAAAUGGAGUUUUGAAUUUGAGGGAUAAAAGAUGCCUUUCAAUUCCUUGGUGCACCUUUCAAAUACAUCAACACUCUCCACACCAACUGUUUAGUGUAUUCUUUAGCCACUAACCUGCCCUUAUACCUUUCUAUUGAGCCAUCUGAUUUAUGUUUGAUCUUAUAUACCCAUUUUGCAGCCUAUUAGAGUUUUCCCAUGUAUGCUUGCCCUGAAGGGCUUGAAUUUCAGCCUACAUUGCAUAUAUGUUUCCAGCACUAAAACUUGAUUGCCUCAUUAUAUGUCUUAGGUUCAGAAUUAGAGGAGAGGGCAGCGAUGAAUACUCUGUGGCCGUAAAGAGGGUGGAGAAGACAUGCCAUAAUGUAUCACAGAAUCACAAUAAUAAUCUUGUAAUCUAACAGGAAUAUACCUUUGUCUUGUAGAUCUGCUAGGCUGAAUAUUAUGAGAUUCAUUUUGAGUUUCAUCUAGCAAACCACUCUCUGCUGCUGAAUUUUGAGUUGCAGGCAACGAGCUGUCAUGACCAAGUGAAGGUGCAGAUAAUGGAACACCUAAAGUGGAAUGACCAUCAGUAGCUAUAUCACCCAGGUUAUAUUAAACAAAUCAUGUGCCUUAAUUACUUGCUGAAGGAUUCUUAGCAUUAUUGGUCGUGAAAGGGAGAUCAUUGUUGCUUUGGAAUUGCUUGAAAGAUCCCCCAAGCUACGUGAACUACUGGUACAUACUAACUUAUUUUGACUUUUGAGAGCUGAUAUCUACAAUAUUACCUUGAGAGAAUUUUGAGACUUUUCGUAACUUUUCUUCCCCUUGUUGAAUUAUCUCGUUGCAACCUGAGUAAUUUUUUAACAAGUCUCAUCUAAGUUGCUUAUAUAGGGUGAUUAAAAACAUGUAGGAUAGUGCAUCUUAAUCUUAUACACGCCUGCAGUGUUUUGAUUCUUUGUUUUCUAUAACAUGUUUCUCAUUCUGGUUGAGUUAUAGUUGGGUAGGUGGUUUGACAAAGAUGACAAAAAUGCUGCUCCAAGAGUUAUGAAGGAUGUUUUCAAAAAAAAAAAAAAAAGAGUUAUGAAGGAUUAUUGCUUGAAGAUGUUUAAGAUUAUAAUCCAGAUUCAAUGGCUUAGCUUAUCUAUAGUGGAAA